UGACAGCGCCACCAAGAGGUCCACCUUGUCUUGUCUUGAUCCUGAGGGUAAUUCUCGUGAGUUCAAUGAAAGAUUUGAGCUCAAAUGCCAGAAGUGCACCUGUGAAGAAUCCACAAAGACUGUGACUUGCAAGCCUAAGGAGUGCCCAAAACCAAACAUAACAGAAUGCUCUGAUGAUGGAUUUGUCCUCAUCAACCAAACUGAUCCAUCAGAUCCCUGCUGUUCUACCCCUGUUUGCCAGUGUAAACCUGGCGGUUGCCCAGACAUAGAUGUGACCUGUUCAAUUGGAAAAAAGCCAGUUGUCAGUAUUCCUAAGGGAAAAUGCUGUCCAGAACUUAGAUGCGAACCUAAAAAGGUUUGUGUUCGGAAUGAGACUGAAUACCAGCCUGGUUCUUCAGUUCCUGGGUCUGUAUGUCAGGAGUGUACCUGUGAGGCUGAACAAAAUUCUACUGUAAUAAGCUGUAAGGAUCAGGAAUGUAACAAAACGUGUGACAUGGGAUAUGAAUAUGUAAAAACUGAUUCAGAUGAGUGCUGUGGGAAGUGUGUGCAGACACACUGUGUUGUCAAUAUUAAUGGAUCCAAGCAACUCUUGUCUCAAGGAGAAACCUGGUCACCAACUGAGAAUAGGUGUGAUGAGUAUACCUGUGUUAAGAAUGGUGAGAUUUUAACAACAAGCACUUCACACACAGUCUGCCCAGUAUUCAAUGAGAGCAGCUGUCAGCCUGGGACAAUUCAAACUGCAGCAAACGGCUGUUGUAAAAUUUGCGCAGAGAAGGAGAAGGCAUGCAAGUUCAUGUCCAUGAAAACCAAUAUUACACACAACAACUGUACGUCUGCCCAGGAGGUAGAUAUGCCAUAUUGCGAAGGAUCCUGCAACACUUAUACCAUGUACUCUAAAGAAGCAGCAGUCAUGCAGCAUUCUUGUUCCUGCUGUAAGGAGACAUGCUUCAGCAAUCGCACUGUAGACCUGGUCUGCCCAAAUGGAGACACGGUCCCCUACACAUACAUGUAUGUGGAGGAGUGUGGUUGUACCAACACAGAAUGCACCGCAGCUGCUGGACAACAUAUUCGCAGGAAGCGAAGCUUCACACUGCUGUGA